AUAUUUUUAGCUAGUCUCAGUUAUUUAAAGCAUAAUGGGUAUUGUGACUUAUGAAGGCCAAAUUGAGAGCUCACUCCCACCAGCCAAACUCUUCAGGAUGCUUGUCCUUGAAUCUGAUACCAGUAUCUCCAAGGUGCAGCCUGAAGCUGUUCAGAGAUUUGAAACUCUUCAAGGAGAUGGAGGACCUGGUACUGUCAGGAAAAUUACCUUUGGCGACGGCAGUCCAUCACCUCAUGUCAUUACUACGGUUGAUUUGUUGGAUAGAGAGAAUUUCACAUUUCACUAUUCCUUAAUCGGAGGCCAUCCUGCUCUCAUAGAUACAAGUAUAAUUGAGAAAAUGUCUUUCCAACUUAAGUUUGAAGCAACUCCUAAUGGCGGAACCAUUGCCACACGCAGCGGUAAGAGCUAUACGAUCAAUGGUGUUGAAGUAAACGAAGAGGAAGUUAGGGCUGGUCUAGAACAGAACACUCAAGUCUUUUAUGAAAUUUUCAAGGCUUAUGAAGCUUAUGCUUUGGCAAAUCCUGAUGCAUAUAAUUAA